GUGCGUUACAACCCGACUUCAAGGUCACUGUUUCUCACGUCAAUCCAGGUUGGCUUUGUGGUUGCACUGUUGUGUACACACCAUACGAGUACGGAUUUUGAGAUAAUUUUAAUUUCUGAUCAUUAUGUUUAUUGGGCAAUGUUGUUGUUUUAUGGCUAAUCUUAGUUAUGUGGUUCUAAUUGAUACGUCUUUGUGGAAGUAGUCAAAUAAUGUUUGGCACUUACGUAGAAAUCACUUUUAAAACUUGUCCCCGACUUCUCAAUGUUCAACAUAUUCAAUGCUUAUGAUCUACUUUUGGUAAAAUAUCCACUCUUUCAAUUAAAGGGAAAUAUUAACCCUUAUUGCAAAUGUUCAUCAAUUCUUGUCUCUGUUCAUAAUGACCAUACUGGUGGUUGGGAAAUGAAUUGGAUUUUAUGUGAAUCUAUGUUCAAAGUAUUUGUACCACUGUCUAUAGGAUGUAAUACUUUGAAGUUGAAAUGCCAACACUAUCUUGCUGAAUUUCGCAUAAUAUAUGCACGUAAUCAUGGCUGUCAGUUUGUUGUUAGGCCUAUUUACGUAAUCUGCUCAGAUGAAACUGGAGAGUUUCAAGCUCCUCAAGAAGUGGUUUCUACGAAAGAAAGUGCUUGCAAACGUAUUGGCCUGGGAAUUAGAUUGUUACAGACUCUGACCGCAGAAUCAUUUCUAUCUGAACUUGGAAAAAGGUAUACUUUUGUGACUGAGGAUGAUUUGAAUCAAGAGCAAUCGUCAGACAUCCUACAAACGUCUCAUGUCUACUGUUUGUGCCAUCAUUCGAGUCUCAGUAAAACAUAUGUUAAUAAUAGUACUCCUGAGGAAGUUUGGAGAAAGUUAGCAUACGAACUUUAUAAAACCUAUCCUGAUAAAUUCAAUAGUACCAAGUGGAUUGCAUUCAUGGCUUGUACGCGUUAUCAUUCAUCUAAUAGAAAUACUACGGAAUUUCUUAGUUACGAUGAAAUACUUCAACAGACAACAGCCCACUUUGCCCUUGGAACUGGUGGGUUAGCUCUACUCGGGACAGGUACAUUACAUGCCUGGCCAGAAAAUCUUGAAAAUUUACAGUCAGUGUUGGGAGAUACAAGGUUCAUAAAUGCAACUUUAAUGGAUGAUACUGCUUAUCGGCACACAUUCUGGGCGGCUUUUUCAACUGGGUUAGGUGCUGUUUGGCAUGAACUUGGACAUUGUUUUGGAUUAGAGCACUAUCCUGAAGGAAUAAUGUUUCGCGGUGAUGAUAUUAACCUAUGUAUUGGGUUUCCACCUGCUGGUUCUGUUUGUCCACAUGAACUCAGGAGUAAUGGUAAAGUUAUUCAACCUUCAAAUCGAUCCAAUAGUCAAACUUCUGCUAGCUUUCAUGGAAAUAUCCUUUGUAAAGUAUGCCGCUCUUGCUGUACUGUUAUUGUUAGUUUGAAUCAUCAAAACGGGUGUCCCGAAUCGUACAGUUCCAUCGAGUAAUUCAAUUUCUACCAGUCAACUCCAGUUUAUAUCCCUCAGAUCAUUUUCUCAAGGUAGAAGAAAAUAAAUCUAAACAAUGGGGAUUCUGUACCUCUUUAUGGCAUCAAGGAUCUGCUUUUUGGGGAUCAGAAGCACUUUCAAAGUUAAUUAUAAGUCCAUGGAUAAUUGAAGCAUCAACUCAAGAUAAAGACUAUACGUUGGCUAUAAACUGACAGUUGAAUAAUUACAAAUUUGUAUAUCUGGUUCGAUUGAUGACUGUUUUUUCACUUGAUUAAGAAAUUUUAUCCGCUGUGGGGGUUUAGCUAACUUUGCAUAUGUUUUUAUGCUUGUAUACUACGCUGUUGUAUCUAACUCUAUGUUUUUAAACGUUCAUAUACUCUGUCGAUUUCUGUUAAUUUGGAUACUUUUAAUCGUUAUCACAGAUUUCUUGAUAAAGGGGAUGAUAUUACUGAUUUAUUGUUUAUUGAUUUCAAAAUAACAAGACAAGUAUUUCAUA